GAAGGACCAGGCUCAGACCGGACCCGGCACACCUCUCGCUCCAGCGGCUGCCCCCCCAGGUCAGCCCACCAUGGAUUUUGUCGGCUCUGCCAUCGGGGCGACCAUAGGGAUCGGGAUGAAGAACAAACUCAAAGGAGCAGCCAUCGGAGCCGCUGUCGGAGUAGGAGUGGCACUCAUUGGCAUCCCGGCGGGCAUUUGCGCCCUGGGCUUUACAUCAACCGGCAUCGCCGCUGGGUCCGUGGCUGCCAAGAUGAUGUCAGCAGCUGCCAUAGCCAACAACGGAGGAGUGGCUGCCGGCAGCGCCGUGGCGGUGCUGCAGUCGAUCGGAGCUGCAGGUUUCUCUCUUGGUGCCAAAAUUGGGCUGACAUCUACCCUGGGGCCGCUGGGUGCAGCAGCCGGUGCCAAGCUGGUCAAGGGGAAGACAACUCCAGGUGACAAAGGUGACAAAGGUGACAAAGGUGACGAAGAUGACAAAGGUGACAAAGGUGACAAAGGUGACAAAGAUGUAGAAGGUGAUGAAGAUGACAAAGGUGACGAAGGUGACAAAGGUGACGAAGAUGACAAAGGUGAUGAAGGUGACGAAGGUGACAAAGGUGACAAAGGUGACGAAGACUAGAAGGUGCCUGAGCCUGAGGUUUCUGCCAGGCAGCAUGGCAGGCACUGGGAAGCCCCCGCAGACCCCCCAGCGACUCGCCCACUGCGGAUCCGCUUGAGCAAUGAGUGCACUGAAACCAAUAAAAGUGGUUUGCAGG